AUGGAGCCAAGAUGGAGAAGAAUCCUGAUAACAUUUUUGGCAGCUCAUGUACUACUUGUGAUAAAUGCCUUUGAGAAAGAGGAUGUCCCUAAAGAAUGGAUUCUUCUUCAUGUUGUUCAGGGUCAGAUUGGAGCAGGAAACUACAGCUAUUUGAGACUAAACCACGAGGGAAAGAUAGUCCUUCAGAUGCGGAGUUUAAAAGGCGAUGCAGACUUGUACGUCUCUGAUAUGACUCUUCACCCCAGCUUUGAUGAAUACGAGUUACAGUCUGUAACUUGUGGCCAAGAUGUUGUCCACGUACCUGCGCACUUCCGCCGCCCGGUGGGAAUAGGGAUUUACGGUCAUCCCUCCCACCUGGAGAGCCAAUUUGAAAUGAAAGUAUACUACGAUCGGACAGUUGUGCAGUACCCGUUUGGUGAGGCUUCUUACAACCCUGAAGAGAUGGAGGCAAAGCAGAAAUACUCACAGUCUACAGAAGAUGAAUCUCAGGAUGAGGAGUCUAUUUUGUGGACUAUACUUAUUGGAAUAUUGAAAUUAAUACUUGAAAUUCUUUUCUAAAACAAACCACACUGGACUAAGUCACACUUAAGCCUGUUAAAAUUGAACAUGAAUUCUUUGCUAUGAUCUUUAAUACUCUUUGUUAUG